AUAGGCUAUCUAACGUGGGAUACUCAUAACCAUCACGGCAACCACCACAACAAAUUUAACUUUUUUAGAGAUACGUAUGGUCACGGUAGGCGUACGGUUGCCGAUUGGGGUCGCUUAGGCUUCUGUCUAAUGGAUCACAAAGAUUCAGAUUUGCAGAUUUAUUCACAGUAUUCUACAAGCCUAGCCGGAGCUCUUUAUCAUGUAAAAUGCCCCCAACCAGUAAUGCCAGUACAUUAUUUUCAUCGUCAAGGCCAAAUAGACUAUCCUCGGUCCUUUUCUCGUCUUUUUAAAGAUUUGGGAAUCAGUAGUCUAAUCAAAGACCCCGUUUUGAGUGAACCAGCAUGUUCCGCCUAUAUAUGUUCUAAAUUCAUUUCCAUCCUUAAGAAGAAUUUAACAAAUUUGCCAUUUCAUCCUGAGGAAAAAGUGAAAAGUCGGCUAAUGGAAUCAGAAACUACGAAAAAGUUUCUGAAAUCAGUCGAAGAUUCAGCUGAGGAAGCUCUUGAAGAAAAAUGUUCGGAAGAAAGCGUAUCACGAUUUCUGGGAAUAAUGGCCGAUGCUGGUAACUUGGGGAAUCAAUCUUCCAAACGAACAGUUGGAAGAAAAUCUCUAAGAUCUAGCACACAACCAAAACCCAAACUCCCUUUCACAGAAACUAUGUCCGCUAUCUUUGAUAUUCCACAAUAUGGUGAGAAAUCGAUCUUGCGUUUAAUGGAUAAUUUGUUUGGAUGCUCGGCUGAACCCUCAGAACCCUCUCGUCUUUCUUCUGCUCUGGAUCCCUUCAUAAUGUCCCUUUCUGCUCGACCAGUUAACCCGGUUUACCUUGGUUCUGGAUGUUUGCAAUUAAUUGGUGAUGCAAAUCCCGUAUUGAUUUGGUCUCCCACUGUCUCACGCUCUAAUUUGGUCUCCUCUGUUCCCCGGAUUUUUAUCGCCCCAUUUUCAGACGAUGCUUCAUUUCCCCUUUCUUCAGAAGCUUAUGCUGAAUUUGAAUUACCUGAUUCAUUUAGAGGAUCUGCUGCCUGCGAAAUUGCAGCUGUACAGCUAAGUGAUACCAGUUUCUAUUCAGUCGUUCGAACAACUGAUGGAGGAGUAAUCAACAGUCGGGUUGAUUUCAACUCUCCUUGUGAAAGUGAAGCGUCCUUUAGCAUUUCCAAGAUACGACACAUCAACUCCCCGCCUGGGAAUAGUUUUGGUUACAGACCAACCUCGGUGGCUAUUGGUCCUUGGCGAAUUCAUCGAAAUUACUCGAGCGUGCGAUCUCUAGAAUAUGCUCUGGCUGGACGAAUUUAUGAUCCCAGCUACCAUUCCACAUCUCAUUUAGCUGUUAUCGAUCAGUUUGAUGCUAUUAAUAAUAAGGUAUUUUGGAGUACACGAGUUCCACUUGAUUGUGAAGGUGAAUGUAUUACUCAUCAUAUGACUAAUUCAGCGGCCGCCUCAAGCAGUAAUUUUGCAUUUAAUAACCUCGGAGAAUACGAAUCUGAGAAGAAUUCCUAUCCAAGCCUCUGUCUCUCUGAUAGUCUUCUCGCUUAUUGCAAUCAAAUGGAACAACCGGGAAAUGAUGAAAAGAGCCGCCUUAUUCCGAGGGAAGUUCUCCUCCGAACAGAAUUAGAUCUUCAGCUGAGUCACGUUUCCUCUUGGGUUCGUGUUAGUUUCGCUGACGCCCCUGGAAUGUUCUCUCUAACCACACCAAAACGACUACUUCAUUUUGACUCCCGGGUUCCAGAUAGGCCUGUUCAGGAGUUGUUUAAUCUCACCAAAAAGACGGUCGACUUGCUUGGGGGUCGGUUAUUUAAUCCGCACGAGACCUUUUUCCAUGCCCAACCGCAGUGGUAUAAUGACACGUACGCCCUACUACCAACCGAUUAUAGUGUUCUAGUCGUGGAUAAACGAAUGCCGAAUCAUACAGUGUUGAAGUGGUCUCAUGCUCUUCGAGGACCUCCGACAUAUGCCAAUUUUACGGCUCUUGUGAUGGCCUCUCAAUUUCCCGGAGAAAUCUCGAUAACAGGGAUAAACUUCAAUCUAGAUCAAGAUCUUCCACCCCAGGGAGUCGGUCCUUCAAUGACUCAUGGCCACCUGACCAAUCUCCUCGAUUGUCCCCUGAAUCGAAUUCCCGGCGGUUCAGUGGACUCACACAUUUGUGAUGAACGACUCAAUGGGGGCAUAAUUGGAUGUACCACCAGAGUUCUCGCCGACAAAGCGAUUACAGGCAUUAUUUUAACCACUCAAGGAGACUUAUUCACUGAAGACUGGUACUUCAACAAAAUAGACGCUCGAAACAGUCAUAGGGAACGUUCUAACAGGAUCCGUUCAUGGUGCAUGGAUUUCCAGAGCUGUGAGAAACAACCUCAGACUCAAAUUGUUGACUGUCCUAAGGAAAAGCACCAACCUAGCAAUAAAACUAAAAAAGUGCCGAAAAGUGUAGAUGAAGACAGGAAUCCAGGAAAUGAGGAGGACGUUACUCAGGAGUUUGAUAAUGGGACUUCUGAGUUAAUGGCAAAAUUGCUUGAAUCGGCCCGUGAAAAGUUCACUUUUUGUGCGUCAACAGAAGGUAGAGAAAAUGAGGAUAGGACAUUUGAAACAUACUUAAUGGAUAAUUUUGAGGGUGGCGUGGCGGAGCUAUACCCCAGAGACUAUUUGCCUUAUUUUGGUUACCAUGAUGACUAUUGCGAAGAUCGUGAGGGGAAUGAUGAUGAUGAUAAUGCUGAUGGUGAUUAUGAUGACGACGAUUCAGAUGAAUAA